AUGAGUGAAGAACAUAGCAGGAAGAUCACGGUCCAGACCGUGGCCGCGGUCUUCCUACCAAUCGCUACUAUCACCGUGAUGCUGCGCAUCUAUGUGCGUGGGUGGAUUGUCAAGGCCUUUGGAUGGGAUGAUGGUGCGAUGGUGGUAGCAUUGCUAUUCUACGCCAUGUUCUGCGCUUCCAUGAUUGGAGGAACCCUCUACGGCACGGGAUACAAGUUUGCACAUCUUGAACCUACCAACGCUGCCAUUGCCAUGAAAUACUGGUGGCUCUGCGAAAUCGCAUACUGCUUCUCUUCUAUCGGAUGCAAGAUCUCCGUUUGCAUCUUCUUGAUGCGUAUUACCAUUCGACGCCUUCAUAUCUGGACCCUCUACAUUGUCAUGGCCUUGACUGUCCUUGCUGGAUUGGUGUUCAUGUUCUUGAUGCUGUUACAGUGCCAUCCUUUGGCAUACUUCUGGACGCGCGCAGCAGACCCCGACGGGGGUUGGUGCAUCAGUAUCGACAUUAUUAUCAGCAUGACAUAUGUCUACAGUGCCUUUGCCGCGCUGUGUGAUUUCACAGUGGGCAUCUUGCCCAUCUUCCUUGUGCACAAGUUGCACAUGAAACGCCAGACUAAGAUUGCCGUCAUGGGAAUUUUGGGCAUGGCUUGCAUUGCUUCAUCAGCGGUUAUCGUUCGCAUUCCAUUUGUCAAGACCUUCGCCGAUGAUGAUUUCCUUUACGCCACCAUCCAGAUCGCCAUCUGGUCCAACAUCGAAGCCGGUCUUGGUAUCACGGCCGGCAGUCUCGCAACCCUGCGACCCCUCCUCCGCGUCAUCAUGGGCUCUCGCACCGACCCAGAUUACUCCAGUGGGUUUCCCGGUGGACGAUCAAGGUCAGCCUCGCGCCACCUGGGCGGACACGAUCGCCCGUUUCCACUUGGCUCCAUAGAUGACGCUCAACACUCUCGGCUGAGACCGGACAAGCUUGCUGUUACCGUGACGACGAUUAAGAGUCAGCGGGAUGUUGAUACAUACGCCGGUUCCUCGAGUCCGAGUAGCAGUGAGGAGAGAUUGACGUUUGAUCGCCAUGUGCCAAAUGUGGAGGGCGAGAUGGGGCUCGGCAUUCAUCGAACUACGGAGGUGACACAAACUACUACUGAUACCCAUGAGAACGGACGGAGGACUACGAGGGAGCAUGUAUGA